AUGGCCACAUCAACACUAGACGAGGGCUUACUCACCUACCUCAAGACCCACGCCCCAAACAACGCCGCAGACGAGACCGACGCCGUCAAGGCUUCGCAGGCCCUCCUCCCCCAAGUCACGUACACCGACGCGGAGAAAGCCGAGCUUAACCAGUGGCUCAUCACUGCCUCCCACAUUGCCUCCAGUACCGAGGACGCCGCAAAGUCCGCCGAGCGCCUGUCAGCCCUGAACACACACCUUUCGAGCCGAACCACCCUCCUCGGCGCGAAGCCUUCCGUCGCCGACAUUGCCAUCUACCAGAAGCUUGCGCCUGUCAUCUCCAAGUGGACUCCAGAGCAGAGGACUGGAGAGCAAGGAUACCAUCACAUUGUCCGACAUGUCGACUUUGUCCAGAAUUCGCCCGUCUUUGGCCUGAAGCUGGACGACAAGGUCAAUGUUGAUCUAGACAAUGUCGUCUUCAAGAUCAAGCCGGUAGACGCAAAGGCUGAGAAGGAGCGCAAGAAGAAGGAGAAGGAGGCUGCCGCCGCAAGUGCUGCUGCAUCAGGCGCUACACCAACCACCUUGACAGGGGAGCAGGGAGGUCAAGGCGGGAAGAGCAAGAAGGACAAGGCCAAGGAUACGGCACAAGCGGCUGGUGAGGCCAUAGCAUCGACGGUCGUCGGCAAGCCUACAGGACCACCUGAGGGUGCACCAACCAAGAAGAAGGAGAAGAAGGAGAAGCAGCCCAAGCCUCAAAAAGCAGCGCCAGUCGAGAAACCCCUUUCACCCGCCCUCAUCGACCUGCGUGUUGGCCACAUCCUCAAGGCCGAAACCCACCCCAAUGCCGACUCCCUCUUCGUGUCUACAAUCGCAUGUGGCGACGCCCCCGGCACCGAUAAUACAUCCGAGUACGAAGGCCAGGUGGUACGAACCGUCUGCUCUGGCCUCAACGGCCUUAUUCCCCUCGCUGAAAUGCAAAACCGCAAAAUCAUUGCUGUAUGCAACUUGAAGCCUGUCACUAUGCGUGGCGUCAAGUCCUGCGCUAUGGUGCUUGCGGCGUCGCCAAGGAUUGCGGAGGGUGAGGUAGAUAGCCACAAGGGACCGGUUGAGCUGGUGAAUCCACCUGCUGAUUCAAAAGCUGGAGACCGAGUGUACUUUGAAGGCUGGGAGGGUGAGCCAGAGGGUGUGCUCAACCCGAAGAAGAAGAUUUGGGAGGCAAUUCAACCGGGUUUCACAACAACAGAGGGUCUUGAGGUUGGGUUCGAUGUUGGUGUCGUUCCACAAUUGGCGGGCGAGGGCGCGGAUAAAAAGACGGGUGUUGCGAAGUUGAGGACAGCGACGGGACUGUGCAGUAUUCCCACCCUGAAGGGUGCGAUUGUGCGAUAG